AUGGCCACCGAUAGCGGGUCCGCCAGCGAUGGUCAGUCAUGUCUGGCCGCCGAUCGCGUGCGACAAAUGAAACGCUUUUGUGCCGUAAUCGACGUGAAGACCGAAUCGGUGGCCGAUUUUUGUCGCAAAUAUAACGACAAGUUUUGGAUCAAUUUCGACAAAGACUGCGACUUCGGGUUCAAGUGUUUUGUCAAACGCAUCAAAGUUGUGGACACCGGCGACGAAGACAAUCACCGCACGGAUCCGUUGCGCAAAGCGAUCGAAACGAACGCCGCGUUUGGCAGACAUCGCAGCAGACAUUUGACGGAUCGUCUGAAGCAAAGGUCGCCCGAAGUGUCGUUGGAUUCGCUGUCGACUGCGUUGGACGGCGACGGAAGUGGUGGUGAUUUAGUGCUCACUUUGUCUGAAGUGAAAUCAUUGCGUGAAUUGAAUCCUCCGUUUGAUAUAAUGCCAAACGGAAACGUCGGGACGCCGUCCACAGUGUUCUUGGAGCUGAUCCGUGAGUGCAAACUCCCGGCGCCCGUCAUCUCUAAACUGGAACUCGAUUUCCCGAAAUCCAUGAAAAGACGGAUCUAUUCGAGGGUUGAGUUCACAUAUAAUGACAGAAAUAAACGUCUGUUUAAACCCAAAUCUAGUGAUAAAAGUGUAGAACAAUUGGUUUCAAAUCAUAAUCCAAAUGAUGACAAAGACAUGGAUUUAAUUAAAACGAGAACUGGUUUUGUAAUCAAUGAUAAGUUCAGUUCGACUCAGAGGACAAGUGAAUCAAAUGCGAAACAAACUGACGGUAAAGACAAAGACCGAGAAGAAGAGGACGGAUCAGAUGAGGACGAAGAGGAAGAGUGGGACAGAUAUGAGUCACUGCACGACGACGUGACACAACAGGAGAGGAAUAGUGAGCGACUGUUUGAGGAGGAGAUUGAGUUGAAGUGGGAAAAGGGCGGCUCAGGUCUGGUCUUCUAUACCGACGCCCAGUUCUGGGAUAUGAAAGACAAUUACGAAGACUUCAAUGAGAAGACACCCGACGACUGGGAUCUCGAUCUCAGUGUUUACCGCAACAACGCUUCGGCCGAUAAGGAAGCCAUCGAUUUGAAGACAUUGACCGACGAAAUGAAGUUACGAUUAGGGAAACGAAAACAGAAGAAAUAUUCUGUGGAUUCAGUGUUUGAUAAGAGAAAACGUGGUGAAAGUAUCGGUGCGUUUGAGAGACACACCAAAGGGUUUGGCCGACGGAUUAUGGAAAGCCAGGGCUGGAAGUCGGGCACCGGUUUGGGUCAGUCGGUGAGCGGUAUUCCGGAGCCAAUCGACGAUUGCGGACAAAUGCCGACCGAUAAGAGAGGGUUUGGUUAUAGAGGCGAACGGUUAAAGUCAUAUCAAUAUCUGAAACCAUAUGACAAAAAUGAAUCAAAAUAUUAAUUAAUGU